AUGAAAAUAGGUUUCAUGGGUCUUGGCGUCAUGGGAACGCCCAUGGCGAUGAAUUUAGCUCGAAGGUAUUCCCUCACAGUAUGGAAUAGAAGUCCUUCCAAGUACCCGCUCCUACGUGAAGCGGGUGCAAAGACAGCCGACACACCGCGACAGCUUGUACAAGAUACAGACGUUAUCUUCACAAUGCUCUCCAAUGACGCUGCCUUCAAGUCUAUAUUAGACUCCGGCUUCAAGGAUGUCCUACGUGGCAAGAUCCUCAUCAAUACCAGCUCAGUAUCGAUCGACUUCAGCAAGUACAUCGCCGAUGAGGUUCACCGGGCCGGCGGACAGUUUAUUGAGAUGCCUGUCAGCGGUAGCAAAGUGCCAGCAGAGCAAGGUCAACUCAUUGCAAUGAUUGCCGGUGACCGAAGUGUUGCUGAAAGCAUCAUGACUGUAGUUGAGCCGAUCACCAAAGAAGCCGUAUAUUGUGGAGAGAUUGGCAUGGGUCUCAAGACUAAGUAUGCCGUAAAUCUAUAUGCUAUCACCACGACGGCUGCUCUUGCUGAGUCAAUGGCCCUUGCCAGAGCCCAAAACAUAGAUAUCGAGGCUUUUGGUCAGGUCCUCAACGCAGGUCCCCUAGCGUCGGCCCACUCCAAAAUCAAGAUGGCUAAGAUGAUUAGCCAAGAUUGGUCUACUCAAGCAUCUAUAACAGAUUGCUACACCAUCACCCAGCUCAUAGACUCAGCUGCAGAGUCUAUACAUGCCAAGACGCCAUUAAUUCAUCUGACCGGGUUACUUUAUAAAGAGGCGGUUGAUAGAGGGCUUGGUGACCGCGACAUAAUUGCUGUGGAGAAGGUAUUGGGUCUCAACGACAGGAAGGAGUCUAGUUAG